AUGGAUUUGUUUGAAUUCAAUGGACACCAGUAUCUCCUGUCAGUAGACUUUUAUUCAAAAUGGCCAGAGAUAGCGAAACUGGAACAGCCUAACUCCAGUUGUGUGAUUCAACAUCUAAAGAGCCUGUUCGCACGAUAUGGUAUUCCUGAUGAAGCCUUGUCUGAUAAUGGACCUCAGUUUGCUAGUGCUGAAUUUAGGAAAUUUGCCCAAGAGUAUGAAUUUCGCCACUUGACGUCUAGUCCCCAUUUUCCCCAAUCAAAUGGACAAGUUGAACGAAUGGUUCAAACAAUCAAACACUUACUCGAAAAAGCAAAGGACCCUUACCUGGCAAUCUUGGAUUAUAGGAACACACCUUUUGAAGAACUUGGAUUAUCGCCAGCUCAGUUAUUUCUAGCGAGACGAUUAAGGACAAAGUUACCUGUAUCAGCUACACUUUUGAAACCACAAAACGCUGAAUUUGUCAAAGAAAGCUUAAAGACUCGCCAGGCCAAGCAGAAGAGGAAAUUUGAUAAACAUGUUCCAAAAUCUGACUUGAAACCAUUGAUUCCAGGAGAAAAGGUUCUGAUCAAACACAAUGAUCAGUGGAUACAUGGAUCAGUUGCAGAGAAACAUGAAUUGCCACGUUCAUAUGUAGUUAAGGGAAACAAUGGCAGGAAAUAUCGCAGAAAUAGAAGGGACUUAAGGCCAACGAACUCUAAUCCUGCAGAAGUGAGGGAAAAAGAAGAAAACCUGGAAAUUACACCAUUCCUGGAUCAUGCCGCCCAACAUGGAUCGAUGGAUCGUGUGGAUAGGAAACCCGAGAGGAAACGUACUAUUGGUAACACAGAGGAGAUACAGAAGGACGCGCCUCAAAAGAUUCAGAGUCCAGUGAAGACCAGGUCGGGACGUGAAAUCAAACUUCCAUCAAGAUUCCGUGAUUAG